CAUUUUUAUAAAUCCCCAUUUCCAAACACCCCAAAAACCAAAACCCAUCUCUUUUAAAUUCCCAGAAUCCCAUUUCCUCAACCCAAAACCAAACUCUGGCUCCUCUGCGUCCUCCUCACCACAUGAGUGAAGGAAGAGGACCAUCACCACCGUCGUCUUCGUCAGCAGCAGCAGCCUCAGAUUCAAGUGAUGGAGAGCCAGGAUUUUUCGCCACCCCACGUGGAUGCAUCUCGGCCGUCCUUGGGCUUCCCUCUUGGCACAGCACUCCUCUUGAUCAUCAUCUUCAGCCUCAGCGGAAUCUUCUCCUGCUGCUACCACUGGGACAAGCUCAGAUCACUCCGUAGAUCUUUCACCCAAGACGCAGACCCCGAGGCCGAUGCUGAGCCACAAUCACCCUCCAAAUCUAAGCCUCCUCACAUGGAUUUAAAGCAGAAGCAGAGGCAGAGCUUGCCUGUGAUAAUGCCUGGGGAUCAAAUUCCAAAGUUUAUGGCAUUGCCAUGCCCCCGAGAGCCUCCAAGAGAAGAGAAGAUUGUUGUGAAGGUGCAAAAGCAGCCAAAGCCACCUCGCUUUCCUGUGCCUUUGUAUUAGUAAUUUAAUGACCAUUUUCGUGUGUACAUAAUAAAUAUAUAAUUUACCAUUCAAUUAAAUUUUAGUUCACUUAUUUAUGAGACAGAGCUAGAAAUUUAGAGCAGGCUAUAUGAUCACCACUCUUAGUCUAGGACCAUGUUUUGGUGAAAGUGAUUAAUUUGAGUGGUUUUGUUACUUUUUCUGGGGACUUUGUAGGUGAACAUUUUCUAGAAGGAUUAGGAAUAUAAUUACAUUUUUAAAAGUAAAUGUUGUUUGCCUUUUUUCAUAA